UCGUUUGUUUACGUUUCCCUGGCAACCGCGGCUCACCUUACAUUUUGUAAACAAAACAUCCUCGACGAUUUGUUGUUGUUUAUAUUUUAAUUGUGACUAAUCAUGGCUGUAAACAACGCUGAUGAUAGUUUCGGAGAUUCUUCAGUGAAUCCAUACGAAGCAACGAGAUUAUCGUUGUUUGAUAUCAAUAUGGAGAAAGCAAGAGCUAUGAAUAAAAAGCAUCUAAUACAUCGUGUUAUAUUUGUUGCCAAGAUACGCCCUGCUGUAUCUGAAAGACGGGAAAUUGGAGGUCAUUAUGAAAGACUUUUCAAACACCUUCAUUCUCAGAUUCAAGGAGAGACAUUUACUGGACUGCUGCUAAUCUACCCAUCACAUAUCGUCCAUAUUGUUGAGACAUCAACCAAUAUACUACAAGAAGUAAUAAAAAGUUUGGAAAAUACAGAAAAUAACAAAGAUGGACUUGUUCACCAAAUAAAGAUUUUAGUUUAUUCCCACGAUAUUCCAACUAGGCUUUUCACCCAAUGGAGUUUUCGUGUGUUGAGUAUCCCAACAACAAGAAUGGAGAGCUAUGAUGCUUCACAACCAUGUGAAACUGUUGUAUCUGAAGCAAUUGUGCUUAUGUUAAAACUAGGUCAAUACCUGGCCAAAAUACCAAAGGUAAAUCUCAAAGCAGCUAUGGAUCAACUACAUGAAAAGGUGCCAGAUUUACUAUUACCACAAGACAUGAUUGAUUUUUUCUGUGAGUGUAAUGAUUUGUGUUCACCAAAACAAUACCUGGACCAUUAUGGGAAACCAUUUGAAAUUGUCUUGGAUGGUGAGCUUGUAUGGCCAAUACCAAGUUAUCUUUUACCACUAAGUUAGCAUGAGCUGUCUACAACAACAUUUUGUACUAUAGAGACUUUGUAAAU